AUGUCUCCGUUUCUUUCUCUCUCUCUCUCUCUCUUUCUUUCUUUCUUUCUUUCUUUCUUUCCGCUCUCUUCUUUUUUUCUCUUACUAUUUCUUCCUUUUUCUUUAAUUAUUUUCUUCUCUUUCUCUCUCUCUCUCUUCUCUCUCUCUUUCGCUAUUUUUUACUCUCUUUGUCUCCUGUUUUUCUUUCUUUCGGUCUUAGGCUCUCUUCUUUUUUCUCUUAAUAUAUCUUCCUUUUUCUUUAAUUAUUUUCUUCUCUUUCUCUCUCUCUCUCUCUCUCUCUCUAUGUCCCUCCAUGUCCCACUCUCUCUCUAUCUCUCUCUCGUUCUCUCUCUCUCUCUCCGUCGCUAUGUUUUGGUCUCUCCUUUUCUGUCCCAUUUUUUUAAAUCUCUCUUUCAUCCUUAUUUUUUCUCUCUUCCGGUCUCAGUCUUUAUUUUACUAAAUAAUCUAUAUCUCCAAAUAUUUCUCCGCAAUAUUUCCAGUAGCAGAAUUUGUUUCCCAGUUGACAUUUACCGACUAUUAGAAAGUCAUAAAUCUGUUGGCAUCACGCUCUCUUAG